AACAACAACAACAGCGAAAGCUACCAACGCAACCCCCUCUCUCUCUCUCCUUUGGUCCUUUUGGCUUUGAGCUCUCUUUGUUAUGUAUAUAUGUGUCUCUUUAUUUGUGGUGUUUGGAGCGUAGUCUUUUCUCUGAACUUUUAAUAGUUCUUUUUCUAUCUUAUAUUCUACAAUGGAGGCUAAGCUAUUGAAAGCUUCCUCCUCCCCUACUGCAUUACUGCCUUCUUCUCGUGUACUAUCCAAGUUAUUGAGGAAAAGUUCCUGUCUUGUUCACAUACCAAGCCAAAAUCAUUACUCUGCGCUUACAAAAAGAUGCAUGCUUUCUGUUCAAGCAUCUGCUUCUUCUAUUGGGUUGACAAAGAAGAAACGGGUGGAUGAGAGUGAGAAUCUGACCCUUGAAAAUAUAAGACGUUCUUUGAUUCGGCAAGAAGAUAGCAUAAUAUUUAGCCUUUUGGAGAGAUCCCAAUACUGUUACAAUGCUGAUACCUAUGACCCUGAUGCUUUUGCCAUGGAUGGCUUUCAUGGCUCUUUGGUAGAGUUCAUGCUCAGAGAAACUGAAAAGCUUCAUGCUCAGGUGGGGCGAUACAAGAGCCCGGAUGAGCUCCCUUUCUUCCCUGAUGACUUGCCAGAGCCAUUAUUGCCGCCUCUGCAAUACCCACAAGUGCUACAUCCGCUUGCUGAUUCAAUUAAUAUAAAUAACAAAGUAUGGGACAUGUACUUUCGGGAUCUUCUCCCAAGAUUGGUCAAGGAUGGAAGUGAUGGAAAUUCUGGAUCAACAGCUGUGUGUGAUGCAAUCUGCCUGCAGGUUCUGUCAAAAAGAAUACAUUAUGGAAAAUUUGUAGCAGAAGCCAAAUUUCGCAAUUCCCCAGAUGCCUACGAAGCGGCCAUUAGAGCACAGGACAGGUAUAGGUUGAUGGAAUUGCUGACAUACACAAAGGUUGAAGAGGCAAUCAAAAAGAGAGUGGAAAUAAAAACGAAAACCUUUGGGCAAGAGGUGACUGCAAUUUGUGAGGAAGAUGAAAUUACGGAGCCAGCAUACAAAAUAGAUACAACCUUGGUUGCUGAUUUAUAUGGAGACUGGAUCAUGCCACUGACAAAGGAAGUUCAAGUUGAGUAUUUAUUGAGGAGGUUGGAUUAAAUUCUGUUUAUGAUUAUACAGAGCAUGUUCUUUUCGACAUUCGAAUGUUUAAGCAUUGUGCUUGUAAUUAUACACACAUGUGGAACAGCUAUGAUGCAAGAUUACUGUGUAAAGAUUAUCACAAACAGUUACCAGUUUCAAAUUGAAACAUAAUCUUUUGCUGCUUUCCAAACAA